GGCAAAUCCUACAACCUUACAUAAAACUCUUCCACGAAACGUCUUCUUCGGGGCUGCUAACAGAAAAGAAAAAAACAAUAUCCUCUCAAUGAAUGUCUCGGCUGACGAACAAGAGGACUCGAUGUCUAUUGCAAAAACCAGUAACUCCUACUCUGAAGACAAAUCUGAAGAAGCAGACGAAUAAGAAAAUGAAGACAGUCUCUCUCUUAAGUAGGACCGUGCUGCACCUGUGUUCCAGUAGCAAAACAAAUCUGAAGAGGCAGAAGAUACUUAAGGAGAGUAAAGCAAAUUUGAAGAAGCAGAAGAAAACUGAGAGAGAGAGAAAAAAGAAGGAAGAUUCUUGCUGUUUUGGAUGUGAAGAAGCCUACGAAAAUAAUGAUGAAACCAUUUUCGUCAAGGGAUUUCAACAUUUGCGUCCUAGGGAUGAAAUCAAGAAUGAAUUGAGCAACAUUUUUGGUUCUUGUGGAAAGAUAAUAAGCGUUUUUGUUCCCAUGCAAUGUGGCACCUGUGUUCCCUUGGGAUUUGCUUUCAUUAAUCUCUUAAAUGGCAAAGAGAAGGCGUUGAAACUAAAUGGAAGUUACAUGGGAGGAAGAAAGCUUAAGGUGAUGAUGGCUACUGAUAGUGAUGAAUACUUCGGGUUUGAUGACUUUGAUGGGUGUGACCUUUGUGGAGGGCCAGGCAAGCUCAGAUCUCGUAGGCCGAUUGACUUUGACGAGGUUUCUUUCGAAUUGUACCACUGAACCCGAGCUUAUUUUUAUUAUCUAAUUAUUUUGUCUUAUAUGAUUUUGACUCUGCUAUGCGUAAAUCAAAUUAUGUAAGAAAAUGGAGACGGUGGUUUUCUGAAAUUUUUGUUGAAAAAUGAUUUGGUUAAAAAUUA